CAAUGUUGGCCGCGGACACCAAACCCUCGAUAAAAACGAUCCAAAAUAACAGCAACGACAUAAAACAAAUACCCUUACCCCAUUCUCACUCCUCUGGUGAGAGCUGCCACUCUCUCUCUUCUCUCUCCUCGCUCUCUCUCUCUGAGCGCAGCAGAAAUGGGUGCUCGACUUUUGCUUCUCUUCUUCUCUCUUCUCUUAUUAUCUCCUGCCAACUCCUUCUACUUGCCUGGAGUUGCCCCGCAAGACUUUCAGAAGGGUGAUCUUCUUCAAGUAAAAGUUAACAAGCUAUCGUCAACAAAGACACAACUUCCAUAUGAUUACUAUUUUCUGAAUUACUGCAAGCCUGAUAAGAUUAUGAAUAGCGCAGAGAACUUGGGAGAGGUCCUUCGAGGCGACCGCAUCGAGAACUCUGUUUAUACUUUUCGAAUGAGAGAAUUAGAAUCAUGCAAAAUUGGUUGUAUAAUUAAGCUUGAUCGCGAGUCUACAAAGAACUUCAAGGAGAAAAUUGAUGAUGAAUACCGGGUAAACAUGAUAUUGGAUAAUCUUCCUGUGGCAGUUCUUCUUCAAAAGAGGGAUGGAAGUCAAUCUUCGACCUAUGAGCAUGGCUUCCGUGUUGGAUUCAAAGCCAGCUAUUCUGGGAGCAUAGAAGAAAAGUACUUUAUCAAUAACCACCUGCAUUUCAGAGUCAUGUAUCAUAUAGAUGUCGAGACUGAUUCUGCUCGUAUUGUUGGUUUCGAGGUUACCCCAUACAGUGUGAAUCAUGAAUAUAAGCAGCCUUGGGAUGGCAAGGGCUUGAUUACAUGUAACCCAAGCACCAAAAACAUCAUCCAAAGUAGCAAUGUGCCCCAGGAAGUGGAGGCAGAUAAAGAGGUUAUAUUCACUUAUGAUGUUACCUUCCAGGCUAGCGACAUUAAAUGGGCUUCUCGAUGGGAUACAUACCUUCACAUGAGCGAUGAUCAGAUCCACUGGUUCUCCAUCAUCAACUCCUUGAUGAUUGUUCUCUUCCUUUCGGGAAUGGUGGCCAUGAUCAUGAUGAGAACACUCUAUAGGGACAUAGCCAACUACAACCAGCUUGAAACGCAAGAUGAAGCCCAAGAAGAAACUGGCUGGAAGCUUGUGCAUGGAGAUGUUUUCAGGCCGCCCAUCAACGCGGGCUUGCUCUGUGUUUAUGUGGGGACUGGGGUCCAGUUCUUUUGUAUGACUCUUGUGACCAUGAUAUUCGCAUUGUUGGGUUUUCUCUCCCCUUCAAACCGAGGUGGUUUGAUGACCGCCAUGGUUUUACUGUGGGUAUUCAUGGGCAUAUUUGCUGGCUACACAUCGGCCAGGCUCUACAAGAUGUUCAAAGGAACAGAGUGGAAGAAGAAUACACUGAAAACAGCCUUCAUGUUUCCUGCCAUCUGCUUCUCUAUUUUCUUUGUCUUGAAUGCUUUGAUUUGGGGGGAGAAGUCAUCCGGAGCUGUUCCUUUUGGCACCAUGUUUGCCCUGGUUUUUCUAUGGUUUGGCAUAUCAGUGCCCUUGGUCUUUGUGGGAAGCUACUUGGGCUUCAAAAAACCAGCCAUUGAGGACCCUGUUAAGACCAACAAAAUCCCAAGGCAAAUCCCUGAGCAAGCCUGGUAUAUGCAGCCUGUCUUCUCCAUAUUGAUUGGCGGAAUAUUGCCAUUUGGUGCAGUUUUUAUCGAGCUCUUCUUCAUCUUGACCUCGAUAUGGCUGAAUCAGUUCUACUAUAUCUUUGGGUUCCUCUUCAUUGUAUUUGUGAUACUUUUGGUUACUUGUGCUGAGAUCACAAUCGUGCUUUGCUACUUCCAACUUUGCAGCGAGGACUAUCACUGGUGGUGGAGGGCUUAUUUGACAGCUGGUUCCUCAGCUCUUUACCUCUUCCUUUACUCCAUCUUCUACUACUUCACUAAGUUAGAGAUCACUAAACUGGUAUCAGGGAUCCUCUACUUUGGGUAUAUGACGAUAGUGUCAUAUGCCUUCUUUGUGUUGACAGGGACCAUUGGUUUCUAUGCAUGCUUCUGGUUUGUGCGCAAGAUCUACUCCUCAGUGAAGAUCGAUUGAAGCUCAGUUUAGUGCAAUGGGUAGAGGAAGCAUUGAUCGAUCAAGUCUUAUCUUAAUAACGGAAGUUGUGGGUUUUGAGGAAAGGAAGAAGACAUUGGGGAAGAGACCGAAAUGAAUUUACAUUUGGCUAGAAGCCAUCUUUCAGUGUGCGGGCUGGUCAGUUGGUAUAGUCUAUCAUGAAAGAAGUAUAGUGAUAUUAGUGGAGUUUUUAGUUAGUGUUGUAGGGUUUCUCCGUUUUUUUUACUUUGUUUUUUUGUCUUGUUAUAAUCUUUUGGCUUUGGCCUGUUUUUACAUAGAGCUUUUUACACUGUAUUUUGAAUUUCAGCCAACUCAUGCGUGGGAAGCUUACUGUUCUUGCGUAGCAUAAUAUGAAGAUGGCAGGACCCUACUAUAUUCUGCUAUUUAGCAUAUAGAUAGAUAGCCUUGGAUUGGAACCACCAAGGGCCUAGUCUACGGUGUUACAUGCCCAAUGAAAUAGUUGAAGUAUGUAGACAACAUAUUUGGGCUAAAAAUAAUCAGCAAGUUUAUGCA